GCUCGUUCAAAGGAAAGGAUAUUAGAUAACAGUCCAGAUGCUUUGCAUCUACUCGCUUCUUAUUUUCUGAUUUGUUCAUGUUUUGAUUCUUCUUGGACUUUCAAGCUAACCCGCUCGUUUUUUUUUAACACUUUCAAGUUUUAUUUUAUUUAUCGUCAGUGUUUUUAAGAAGACACACCCCUCUCAGACGAAGGGCGCAAAGUUAAUUCGUUGUUUUGCUAGUUUUCUGUACUGUAAAAAAAUGGCCUAUCCCGGAUACGGUGCCCCGCCUGGUGGAGUCCCAGGAAUGCAUCAAGAUCCUCUUUAUGGAUACUUUUCAGCAGUUGCUGGACAGGAUGGACAGAUCUCUGAAGAUGAGCUGCAGCGCUGCCUCACACAGUGUGGCAUGUCUGGCUCAUACCAGCCCUUCAGCAUGGAUACAUGCAGAUUGAUGAUUAACAUGCUGGAUCGGGACAUGUCUGGCAGCUUGGGUUUUAAUGAGUUCAAGGAUCUGUGUCAGGCUCUGAACGGCUGGAAGGCAACCUUUGCAGCCUUUGAUCGUGACCACAGUGGGGCAGUAGAGGGCCACGAACUGCAGCAGGCCAUUGGAUCAAUGGGUUACAAUUUGAGCCCUCAGACUAUGAAUUGCAUCCUAAAGCGCUACAGCAACCAGGGCAGAAUUCCUUUUGAUGCUUUUGUGAGCUGUUGUGUGAGACUCCGCGCUCUGACUGACCAGUUCCGCAGAAGGGAUACGGCCCAAAGAGGAAAUGCCUCAUUUCAGUAUGAUGAUUUUAUACAGGUCACCAUGAGUAUUUGAAAAGGACAAGUGGACCAGUGAGGACCUGUGGACAUCAUAACGUUUUCACAAUAACAGCAUUUACAUAUUAUUUACUUGUAAUCAUUUUUGUACAAACUAGGUCCAAAUGUAACAUUCCAUUUCACUUGAACCACUUUCUUAUUUUUACUCUAACAAACUAAAAAGCAUAUAUUAACACUUAGUUAGCCCACUAACAUUUAAGUAAUAAUAUCAGUCAGAUUUGUAGCUUUUGACCAGUAAUCUUGUCACUCUUUAACAUGUCAAUGUCAUCUUAUAUAAAAGUAAUAAAUAUGCUGAAUAUUUUGCA